GCGACGGGCGGGGCCAAUCGUCCCCGAGCACCAUGGCCGCCCGGUUCGUCCUGCUGUCUCGGGCCUGCGGCCCGCUGCUCCCCACAGUCGGCUGCGCGGCGCGGCGCCCCUUCGCCUCGGCGGCUCACUUUGAGUACAUCAUCGCAGAAAAGAAGGGGAAGAACUGCAACGUGGGGCUGAUCCAACUGAACCGGCCCAAAGCACUCAACGCACUCUGCAACGGGCUUAUCACGGAGCUGAACCGGGCGCUGGAGGCCUUCGAGGAGGACACGGCCGUGGGGGCCAUCGUCCUCACGGGCGGGGACAAGGCGUUCGCAGCUGGAGCCGACAUCAAGGAGAUGCAGAACCAAACCUUCCAGGGCUGUUACUCCAGCAGGUUCCUGAGCCACUGGGACCGAGUCUCCCAGGUCAAGAAGCCAAUCAUAGCCGCUGUCAAUGGCUACGCGCUUGGUGGCGGCUGUGAACUUGCUAUGAUGUGUGACAUCAUUUACGCCGGAGAGAAAGCCCAGUUUGGCCAGCCGGAAAUCCUACUGGGAACCAUCCCAGGUGCAGGGGGCACCCAGAGGCUGACCCGCGCUGUUGGGAAGUCUCUGGCCAUGGAGAUGGUCCUCACUGGUGACCGGAUCUCAGCCCAGGAAGCCAAGGCAGCAGGUCUCGUAAGCAAAGUUUUUCCUGUUGAGAAGCUGGUCGAAGAAGCCAUCCGGUGCGCAGAAAAAAUAGCCAGCAACUCUAAAAUUGUGGCAAUGAUGGCCAAAGAGUCCGUGAACGCAGCUUUUGAAAUGACGUUGACAGAGGGAAAUAAGUUGGAGAAGAAACUCUUUUAUUCAACUUUUGCUACCGAAGACCGGAGAGAAGGGAUGACCGCGUUUGUGGAGAAGAGAAAGGCCAACUUCAAAGACCAGUGACAGCUGCUGCCGAGGCCGCGAGCUCCACGGAAGAGGAGACAGUCUCAGGGGCCAAUAAACCCUCUGUUUUCAAGGGCA